CAAAUAGUUCAAAUAGUUGACAGAUGACAUAAUGACAAAUUUUUCUAUGUCGAUGAUUGUUUGCUGUUUGGUAUACUUUUUCCAAAGCAAAAAUUAUGGAGGCAAAUUCUUCGAAAAGUAAAGACGAGGAGAUAAGAUUCGAAAGCUUCUACACGGAGGUUAAAGAAAUUGAAAAGCGAGAUUCAGUGUUGACAUCAAAACAACAAAUUGACCGUCUUUUGAGGCCUGGAUCCACAUAUCUUAAUUUAAAUCCGUUCGAGGUCUUACAAAUUGACCCCGAAUUGCCUAUCGACGAAGUUAAGAAAAAAUAUCGAAGGUUAUCUAUUUUAGUGCAUCCUGAUAAAAAUCAAGAUGACGCCGAAAGAGCUCAGCAAGCCUUCGAAGCUGUCAACAAAGCCUGGAAGGUUCUCGAGAAUGAAGUUACCAGGAAGAAGUGCAUGGAAGUCAUCGAAGAGGCUAAAGGAAGGACCGAUAUAAUGCUUGCCGAGAAAAGAAAAAAGGCUAAGAAAGAAGGUAAAGACAGAAUACCUGAAGAUGAUCCAGAAAAGUAUAGGCAUGCCAUUUAUGUAUUAACGAUGAAACUAUUUGCUGACAUGGAAAGGAAACGGAGAGAUCUUGCUGAAAGAGAUCAAGAAGAAAGAAAGCGCAAGCGAGAAGCUGAGAUUGAAGAGGAGGAAUUGAAUAAGGCUCAAAAGGAAUGGCAGAAAAACUUCGAGGAAUCCCGGCAAAAUCGGGUUGACAGUUGGCAGUCCUUCCAAGCAAACACAAAAAAAUCAAAGUCCAGUAAAAAGAUCAAGAUGUUCCGACCUCCACAAAACAAACCAGAGUCUAGAUAAUUCAAGAUCGUCUAGAAAACAUCAUAAAUCCGUCUAGAAAAUUCUUUAACCAUAUUUGAAAUCUUGUGGUCUCUUGAGAAUUUUGUAAUAUUAUUAUACUUUUCAUAGUAGUGUAUUAUAGAUAAUAAGUGAUUUUGUAUUUUCAUAAGUUUCUUCUUUUAAGAGGAAAUUAACAAGAUUUAUUAAUCUUUUCAGCUGUAGGAAGCUACCGAAAGAAGUUUCGGUAGCUUGCUGUAGACGGUAGGAGAGUUUUCAAAAUCCAGUUGUACAUAGAGAGCACUGAAUUGCUUGAACAAUUUUUUUUUUGUUGCACACAAAGGACAUUUUGGGAGUACAAGAGUGCGCUUUUUAUUUAAUUUCAAUUUGUUUGGAUUAACAACGAAUAAAACUGAAGUUUGUAUUGAAUAAAUGUUUUUAUGUUCA